AUGUCGAGCCCCGCCGAUUCCAAGGCACCGGCCUCAGCCUUCGAGAGUCCCACCUUUGGCGAAGACAGCUCCUUCCACGUCGAGCAGCCUGUGGGCUCUAUGUCCAUUUCGCCAUGCGGUAGAGAUGUUGUUUUAGCAUCAAAGGAGGGGCUUCACGUUAUCGACCUCGAUUCACCAUACUCGCCGCCCCGGUACCUCCCUCACCACACCCCAUGGGAGGUCGCUGAUGUUCAAUGGUCUCCGUUCGGACACCGGGACUACUGGGUCGUCAGUACUUCAAAUCAGAAGGCGCUGGUAUGGAACCUUGCCAUGAAGACUUGGGAAAAUUCGAUCGAAUACGUCUUACAUGCCCACUCACGUGCCAUCACCGACAUCAAUUUUUCUGCCCACCACGCCGACAUACUUGCCACCUGUGCCGUUGAUAGUUUUGUACACUGCUGGGACCUCCGAAUUCCGGCUAGACCUGUUGUCUCGUUCUCCGACUGGUUCGCUGGAGCAACACAGGUUAAAUGGAAUCGGCAAGAUCCGCACGUUAUUGCGAGUUCGCACGAUAAAUAUCUACGGAUAUGGGACGACCGCAUGGGUGCAAAACCAUUAAAGUCCAUUGAAGCUCAUAACACGAAGAUCUACGGAAUCGAUUGGAACCGAAUGCGCCGCGAAGCUAUUGUGACAUGCUCUCUAGACAAAACUAUAAAAAUCUGGAAUUAUGACGCUGAAUGCGACACCCCGGAAAAGAUGAUUGAAACCUCGUUUCCUGUUUGGAGAGCUAGAAAUACACCAUUUGGAUUCGGAAUUUUGGCUAUGCCUCAGCGAGGUGACAAUGACCUCCAUCUAUAUAGCCGACGUCGAACAGACGAACACGGACCGGGUGAAGGCCCUCCAUUGGUUCACAGCUUUCCAGGCCAUAAAGGACAGGUCAAAGAGUUCUUGUGGAGACCUAGAGGAACCGUAAUAGACGGGUUGGACCACCGGGAGUUUCAAUUAGUGUCAUGGGGUGCUGAUAGAGAGCUCCGCCUACAUCGAGUCGACCCGGAUCUCCUCCGAUCGGUUGGGUAUGAGCAGGGGAAAUCGUUUGAUUUCAGUCUACCCCUCACCCGUCAAGGAUCUGUCUACAAAACUUUUCGUGAUGAUCCACCUGACGAAGAGCUUAGUGACUCGAUAUACGCAGAAACUGUUAUUUCCAGUGGGACACGGCCCCAGGUCAGUGCCGGCAUUGGCACCAAUAAUGUGUCGACCAGGUACUCUCGAGCUUCACAUCACGGAGUUCAUAUUGAGCCUAGAGUUGGCAUGCAAGGUCGUUCUCAAUUGAGAACAAACCUAAACCCGAUUGCUUGGAUGCGGGGUGUAAAGAUAUCCGGCUGGGAUAUCGAAACACUAGGCGAUGAGAUUACGCAUGUGGGCGAGAAGUUUUCCAAAGUUGAUUUUGAGUCAGUGGAUGUGCGCCAACGAAAGGUGACCAUCUCACUUCACGGUCCUUGGGCUGCUGAAGGCACUUCGUUAUUUCUGAAGCUUGAUAUCAAGUUCCCGAGUGAUUAUCCGCGAACCGCAAUUCCUAGUUUUCGCAUUCAAAAAACCGCUGCUAUGACUGAUGAACUGUCUGAGACGAUAACAUCCGAACUACGGACAAUUUCCGAAACAUAUCUCUCCCGGAAACGCGGAUGCCUCGAAGGCGCUCUUCGUUACCUUCUUGGGGAAUGCAAUCUUGAGGAAAGUAUAGCCCUGGUACUGGGAGAGACCACCGAUACAAUCAAGUCACCCGUUUCGGGGUUGGAAGAUGACGAGUCAAGUGAUGAGGACGAAGACGUCGGCCAAUUCGAGAAAGAGGAGCUGGGAAUGAGCUCAGAAUCGCUUCGACCAAUCAAUGCCAAUGUCAUGGUCCCUGUUGCCAGAGUCUGCGGCGCUACCUGGAGUCAAGACGGCCGCCUUGUUUGUUUUUUUCCAUCAAAGAAGGACAAAAUUGGCUCGCUGUUUGAUUCAUUGGGCUUCAAGGAUUUUGGUCGAUUUUCGCGCAAUGACAAAGUCUUUGAAGGCUUUGGUCGAUUGCAAACAAGUUCCCCUAGUCGUCUGACCCCGGGAAAAGCUCUGGGAACAAUGAGUCUAACCGAUGAUGGAGGCUCUGAUUACUCUGACGAUUCAGAUACGGAUUCUUCCAGUUCAUCAGGUUCAUCGGACAAUCUAUCAGGCUUACCAAAUCGUUUCCCCGCGGCACCAAUGUGGCGAAGUCUUGGUGGCCUCGGCUCUGGCACUUAUCGUACAAAAUCUGCGGACAAUUCACAGCUUUCUACUGCUGGUGGUCCCGCUACGACAAAAUCAGAUCCCGGACACAAUAUCAUAUCUAUUCAUGAUCUUAGCGACCUGCUGCCUGCUAAGAAAUCAUUAGCUAGCCAAUACAAAAUUUUUGGACAUGGUGCGGAUAUUUGUGCUCACAAUGCGGCGGUGGCAGCCGAUGCCGAUCAUCAUCAUUUGGCGCAUGUUUGGGGACUUCUAAAAUUGGUUUUGCAUAAUCAAAGUCGACAUCGAGAUCCCACUUUUAACACGGACGACUUCACACUUGACAAGAAAGAGGGGGGGGCCAGAGUAGACACCCCAAGACAAAAAUCGGGCUCAAAGAAUAUUCUUCAGCAGUUUGGGCCCAGCGCUGGUUUGCAGGGUGGCAAAUGGUUAAUAAACGCCCUCAUCGAGCAUUUUGAACGCAUGGGCGAUGUGCAAAUGCUAGCAAUGCUUUCAUGUAUUCUUCAUGAACAAAUGUUGCGACACCGAGCAGCUCGGCGCCGUGAUAGAGAUGUGUCGUUCAACCAGACCCAUAGUCCAUUUGCAGUCGAUUUCUUCUCUUCCAAGGCGCGAGAUGGCAAAUCUCAGGUUGCUACUCCUUUGACUUCAUACUCCAGGGACGGCAGCGUUAAUAUUCCCGGUCUCCAAAGUCCAGAUAUUGCGGCAGAACAACUGAACAGUAUUGCUACAACACCGUAUUCGAGCGGGACCUCUCCGAUGGCAACCAGUGCAAGCAAACCCCUAGGCGAUCGCAGAACUCCGAAUCUUUCCAUCUCUGCGUCACCAGACAAUCACAACAUAUCACGGACUGGGUCUGGCAUCGGCACAGCUUUAGCAUCGUCAUGGUCGCGAUCAUUCACGUUUGGACCUUCGUCUGGCUCAUCGCCGCCUGUAAAUGCCGCUAAAAAGAAGCCUAGUCCAAACGGUAGCCUGAAUGUGCCAUCUGCUGUUACUUGGAGUGCAACUCAAAUUUUCAACAAAGCAGUCUCCGCUUUACCUGAAUACUUGAAUACGUCAGCGGUGAUUACCUCCUCGCAGACACAGUCAGAAGCAGACAGCGAGAAGAAGAAAGGUGUACGAAAAUUGAGAGUCAAUGUCUCGUUGAAGAAUCGGGCGGCCUUUGACCCGGAUGAAUCCUCGAGUGGCCCGUUCAUCAACCGCAAGCAAGAAGGGAUUUUACGCAAAUACCGCAAUGCAUAUGCUAAUCUACUCUUUGUAUGGGAUUUGCCAAUUCAGCGUAGCGAAGUGUUGAAGAUAGGCACAACGGCAGAUUUAGCUAAUGAGGGGCCUACUUCUCGACGUCGUCAACCUUCUCAAACGCUGCCAUUGACCGUACCGAAGCAAAAAGGCAGCGUGUUUGCAAAGCCAACCGCGGGUAGUACUUUAGAUGUCCAGAGGCAUUGCUCUGAGUGUGGGACUGCUCUCCAUACAUCUUUAUUUUCGCCUGCAUCACGGAAAGAGCCUAGCGGCAAGAUCAGCAAGCAACCAUACCUACGAUGCCCUUCAUGUACAGCUGUACAGCCUCUAGCGGCUCAUAUAGCAUGUGUCAUCUGUGGUGAAUCAAUCGAUGGGAUGUUCGUUCCUUGUUUGGAGUGUGGUCACGUCUGCUGCGUUGAGUGUCAUCGACAGUGGUUUUCUCUCUCCUCGCCAGAUGAAGAUAUUUUUACAUUAUCAGAUCUGGCCUGCCCAAGCCCCUGUGGCUGUAGCUGCACUGAGCAUUCCAAGGUCGUUUAUCUUCCAUCGCCUAUCAGAACUCCUCAAAACGAGAAAGCCCAGCCGCUCAACAAGCACAACCGUCGCAGAUCCGAGGCAUUGUCUUCUCCCCAGCUCGAUAUCAUGGCCGGACAAACCGACGAUGAUCUCGAGGCAUGGCGUGGAGUAACUCUCGGUGGAGGUUUUGGCGGGGGUCUCAGUCGCGUAUUAACAAGUACUGAUCGCAGGCGAAACAGCUCCGGGAAUCGGAGGCUUCAUUUUGACCGUAUUGAUACGAUGUGA